AACCGGAGCAGAGAGACAAUAAGCGGACUGGAGAAGUUGUGUGGAAGUGGAUUCAUUCUCUCCUCCAUCCCUCCAGUUUGAUUCCGCCUGUAUUAGUGAAGCAUUUUAAUAAUAAUACUUCAUUAUAAUUAUUAAUAAUUAUCAUCUGUGAGCGCUGUUAUUACCCAGGCGGCUCUUUGUUGCUACCUGCACUAGCUCAACGCUUUUGUUCCGUCGCUGCCCGGGAUUUAUUUGGUUUCUGCUCCUCUUGCCAAAACUGUUUUGGACCAAAAUAGGCGGCUUGAGCACCAAGAUGUCGAACCGAACGGUGUGCAGAGAAGCGAGCCACGCCGGCAGCUGGUACACCGCCUCAGGGUCCCAGCUGAAUGCUCAGUUGGAGGGCUGGUUAUCUCAAGCACAGUUUAAUUUAGGACCAGCUAGAGCCAUUAUAGCACCACACGCUGGUUACACCUACUGUGGUGCCUGUUCUGCACACGCCUAUAAGCAGGUGGACCCCUCGGUGACUCGAAGGGUGUUUAUUUUAGGACCUUCUCAUCAUGUACCCCUGUCCCGGUGUGCGCUCUCCCCUGCUGAGAUCUACAGAACACCACUGUACGAUUUAAGGAUCGAUCAGAAGGUGUACGCUGACCUUUGGAAAACAGGGAUGUUUGAGAGGAUGAGUUUACAAACGGAUGAGGAUGAGCACAGUAUUGAGAUGCACCUGCCUUACACUGCAAAAGCCAUGGAGAGUUGUAAAGAUGAGUUCAGCAUCGUUCCUGUACUGGUGGGAGCGCUGAGUGAAUCUAAAGAACAGGAGUACGGGAAGCUGCUCAGUAAAUACCUGGCUGAUCCCUCCAACCUCUUCAUUAUUUCAUCAGAUUUCUGCCACUGGGGUCAGCGCUUUCGCUACACGUAUUACGAUGAGAAUCAAGGCGAGAUCUAUAGAUCUAUUGAACAUCUGGAUAAGAUGGGUAUGGGGAUUAUAGAACAGCUGGAUCCUAUAUCCUUUAGUAAUUAUUUGAAGAAAUAUCACAAUACUAUUUGUGGUCGCCACCCUAUCGGAGUUCUUCUAAAUGCUGUGGCAGAGCUGAAGAAAAAUGGUUUAGACAUGAACUUCUCUUUCCUGAACUACGCUCAAUCCAGCCAGUGCAGAAACUGGUCGGACAGUUCAGUGAGCUACGCCGCCGGAGCUCUGGUGGUUCACUGAGGGACGAUCGGUCCGCGGCUCCUCUGAAGACGCCAGAAACGUCCGUGCGUUUGACCUCUCCACUUCCUGACGCUCUUUAUCCCACUCUGCCUUUUCCUGAGGAAGGACCUUCUGUACGCCGAGAUGAGCUCUGAAGAGUCGUACUAACCCUCACCUUUACCGUCACCCCCGUCCCCCCAUCUUAGCUUUAUACUCAAUUUAAUUCUCUAACUUCAAGUGUAAUUCUAGUCUAUGCUGAUGUGGAGUGUUUUGAUUUUCUCUUUUUCUUUGGAUUUAUUGUGAUGAAAUAUGAAUGAAAUAUAAAUAAGAAUCGGAGGCUGUUGAUUUAGUUCGAGGAAAAAUAAAAACUCCAAGAGUUGUGAAACACUCGAUUGUGGAAAAGAAGCUUUUUAUCAGCUCUGAGGAUGCUGGGAAUGUAAAAAUAUGGAGCAUCAGUUUAUACAUCGGAAGGUUUAGUUGUCAGUAAAGGGCUAUGCAAUAUCAAGUACACAUUUAGUUUUAACAUUUUAUCCUGAAUUACUUAAGGCCCACAGUUUAUUAGCUUAAUAGUCUUAUACCUUACAUAAAAUCAACUUCUUUCUAUAUUCAUCAUUUAAUUAUACAACUGUGCUAGCAUCUUGGAAUUGUUUUCCUAUCAUUUUGGACACACCUGAUUAGUCAAUGAGAAGUGUUCAGUAGAUAUUAAAUAUUACAUUACAUUUCUAUUACAUAGAAACUUUAAAUGAAAGACGUUUUUUUUCCUUCAGUUUGUUUACUGACAUAACAGUGCAUAGUUCCACUCAAGUGGUUUUGAAAGGCAGGUAAUAAAACGUCAGUGGGGUUUAGCCUAGUAUCAACAACAAUUAUUCUGCGAGCACAAUGCAGCAGAACAUCUGGAAACACAUUCAAUAUAACAACCAGUAGAUUCCCUUCAAGGGCUAAAAAUCUUGAAACUAAAAUGAAGCUGGAGAUUCUAAAGGUUUUCAGUCAUCAGUAUUCAUAUUAUGUCUGGUCCUGGGUCUGGAGCUCCAUGUGAUGAGCAGUGAGGCAUGAAGAUUGUACCACACUGUAGUUUGUUUUGACAUGCUUCUGCUGGGUCGUACUGGUUCUAACUACUAGGGUCAAGAAUGUCACACCAUGCUCGACACAAUCCAUAAUCCCCAAAAAAUUACUUUGUGCUUUUUCUGUUAUUAAAAACAUUACUUUUUCAUUCUUAUAUUACACAGUCAUAAGCUUGUGGAUUAUUGAAGUUAUGAUAAUAAAGCAUUAAUAAACGUGUUAUGGGUUUGUGAUGCUGCAAAAAAUGGAAAUAAAAAGAGUGCCAAUU